UCUACGAUAAUCUAGUUAACUUUUUAUAUAACCACAAAGGUCAUCGUUUACCAUGAUUUCUGCACAGAUCUCCUUUGCCACAUUGAUUCUCGGUUUAGUUGGUUGCAGUUAUGGAGCCCCCGUGGAUGGUGACGCCGCAAAUCCCGACGAGCGCGCCCUCAUUCGAUCGGUAACUGCGCAACGGGGCAUUUUCGGUGGCUUAGGAGGAUUUGGAUUGGGCGGUCUCGGCUUCGGUGGACUUGGCUUCGGUGGACUGGGCUACGGGGGCCUCGGUUACGGCGGACUCGGUUACGGUGGUCUUGGUUAUGGUGGUCUUGGCUACGGUUUAGGCGGACUAGGUUAUGGUGGAUUCGGCUUUCCAGGUCUCUUUUUCGACGAAGACCCCAGUGCCGAAAGCGACGAAUCUCAAGACGAAGCGAUGACCUCCAAGCGUGACUACAAGACCGUCGUGAUUCCCGGCCACAAGAUCCGCAAACUGAAACUACAGGUGUACAAGAAGCAGGGAGAGGAGUCUGCUGUAGACAACGCUUCCAGCGCCAUUGGUUCUGCCACCAUGGAGACCAUGCCCUCCGCCAGCACGACCAAUGAGAAGAUCCGCGUCAUCCGUGUCCCCCACUCUGCAUUCCGUCGUCUCAUGCAUCGCAUUCGUAAUGCGGCCGAGGUCACGCCCAGCGCGGAGUCUACCGACAACAGCGAGUCCAACAUGGAGAACAUCGAUGUGGACAACAGCGAGCAGGAGAUGACCAAAGGCAAGGGUAUGCAAGUUAUGCGUCUGCCUCAUCACAUCUUCAACCGCUUCGCCAGCACCAUUCCCAAGGAGAUGCAGACGGUGGUGACCGAUCGGGAUUUGCAGAACGUUGUGCACGGUAAAGAGAAUUCCAUGAUCCGGGUUGUUAAUGUACCGCAUGACGUGUAUAAGCACAUGUAUGAAAAGUUUGCUGACGAAUAAGUACUAAUAUCGUUGUUGCUUGAUUGUUAAAACGAGUUAUGUUUUCUGGUCAACGGAUGAAUGUAU